AGACAGAAGAUCCGUUGCGGGUAGAUCUAGGGCAGUUCCUGAUUUCCAGUGAAGACCUUGAGCCCAACGCUGUCCCAAAUGGGAAAAAAACAUGUCACGUGCAGGACACGUGUGAGGAUGACCAAACUUGCCACCAAUCUCCUUUUGCCACGUCACUAAGAAGCCAAUCCCCUUGUGCCACAUGGGCGGCCGACCAUUCAUACAUGAAAUGGGAGACAAAGAAGACCAGCUUGAUAUGACGCAAAAGGGUUUCAUACCCUAUUAUGGACAAUUGUUUGAUUCAGACGACGAAGCUUACAAAUUCUACAACAUGUAUGCAGCAACCAUUGGAUUUGGUGUUCGAAAAGAAUAUUGUAACAAAGAUAAAUUGGGAAUGGUAACUUCAAGGAAGUUUGCAUGUAAUAAAGAAGGAUUCCGGCGUCAGGAUAAAAGGGAUAGGGAAACAAAGAGACCUCGCGCAGAAACUAAGACAGGAUGCCUUGCUUGUGUCAUUGUACUACUUGACAGGGACACAAAAAUGUAUAAGGUGACACAAUUUGUGGCAGAGCACAAUCAUCCAUUGCAUAUUCCACAAUGCGUACACAUGAUCCCCUCACAGAGAAGGACAACAAUUACACAGGAUAAUUCUGAAUUGGUUGAUGCAUAUGGGUUAUCAUUGAAGCAGUCCAAUAACCUUGUAGAUAAGUUGGGGUAUCUUCCAAACAAGCGCUCUAGAGGCUUAAGGUUUGGGGAAGCUGGAACCAUUUUCAGAUAUUUUCAACAGCAACUUCUGGAAAACCCAUCAUUUUACUUUGCUGUACAAUUGGAUAGUGAGGAACAAUUAACUAAUGUCUUUUGGGCUGAUGCAAGGAUGACUAUAGACUACAAAUAUUUUGGAGAGGUGGUUACUUUUGACACGACAUUUAGAACAAACGAGGAAUAUCGUCCUUUGGGCAUUUUUCUGGGAUUUAAUCAUCACCGCCAGAUGGUAAUAUUUGGUGCUGCACUAUUAUAUGAUGACAGUGUUGACUCCUACAAAUGGUUGUUCCAAACCUUUCUAGAAGCCAUGUCUGGUAAGCCACCGAGAACAUUCUUCACGGAUCAAGAACCAGCCAUGGCAAAAGCUUCAGCUUCAGUGAUGCCAAACACCUUCCAUGGGUUGUGCACGCAUCAUAUUCGUCAAAAUUUCCUGAAACACCUUGGCCACAUGAUGAGGACUGAAACGGGUCUGGUACAAUUGUUUAGCAAGUGUAUGCUUGAAAUUGAAGAUGAAGUAGCAUUUGAGGAAACUUGGAGAGAGAUGCUUCAGAAACAUAACCUGGAUUCUAAUACAUGGCUUAAGAGUAUUUAUGAGCUGAGAGAAAAAUGGGCAAAGACAUACAUGAAGACAAAGCUCACAUUAGGCAUGCGAAGCAAGCAACUCAGCAAAAGCUUCAAUGCAGACCUCAAGCAUCAUUUAAAGACUGAUCAAGAUUUGGUGGAAUUCUUUACCGAGUUUCAUAGGGCUGUUGAGAAAAGAAGAUACAAAGAAUUGACUGCUGAAUAUGGGGCAAGGCAAAAGGUGCCAAGUUUGAAGAUAAAGUACUCACCCAUGCUUAAUCAGGUUGCAGAGAUAUAUACUCCUACUAUAUUUGAGGAGUUCCAAGAUGAGUUUGACGUAUCUCUUGCCUUGGUAGUGAAGGGUCAUACAGUAAAUGAUAAUGUGCAUGAGUAUAUGUUGGCACGCUAUAAUGGAGGAGAUGAUCAGAGAGUCAUUUGUGAGAAAUCUACUCAAUCAGUCUUGUGUAGUUGUCAGAAGUAUGAAUGUGAAGGAAUUUUGUGCUCCCAUGCAAUCAAAGUACUAGAUUUACUUAACAUAAAGUUAGUGCCUAAUGAUUUAAUAGAAAAGAGAUGGACAAGAGAUGCAAAAAAAGGAAUUUUGAAAGGACCUAACCAGGAGAAUGAUAUGGAGGAGGAUGUCCAUUUGAAAGUUGUAGGGCGGUAUAGAAUGCUGUGUUCAACUUUAGUUAGGGUUGCUAUUAGGGCUGCAGAAUGUCAAGAAGCUACAGACUACCUUGUGCAAUGUGUGGAUAAGUUGACAAGAAAAGUUGAAGAAAUAUGUAAUAAGCAGAUGUCAAUUGAACAAGCUAGCACAAAUCACCAGUCAUCUUAUAAUGCAACAGACCAAGAAGAUGUUUUGGUAAUUUCCAUGGAUGUAAACCCAUCAGGCUCAAAAAGUGGACAGGGCUGCAAGUCCAAUAAACGGACAGGAAGCUGGACUGACAUGUUCGGUGAAAAGAGUAUGUAUGAGUCAAAUAACAACCAAGUUCAGGUAAUUGCUGAUCAAAGCCAAGAAGUUUCAGUUGACCAUGUGUCUUCUCCUCAAUCAGCUAAUAACUCUGUUUCAGCUAGGUCUUGCUCCCAAUCUACUAGUGACCCUUUGCAUUUACAUCAAGCUACUACGUGUCCGUCCCAGGAUAGCAAUAGCAAUUCCCUCUUUGGUCAAUCUUCUGUGGAAGUGGUCCAACGUGCGAACAAUGGUGCUGUAUUGGAAAAUAGGAACUUCUUAAUGAACUUCAAUGGGCUUGGUACUGCAAUGUCUCCCACUGGAACUCAGUUUCUGAUGUUAAGUCUCACAAGAUGAUAUGAGAAUUUCACAGCCAAAUCCGCUAAAAAUGAUUUCUCAAAUAGAGCUGUUCUUGAUACCCCCUUAACUUUUGGUGGUAAAGCCCUAGAACAUGUCUCAUUUCAUCAUCAGCAACGUUGAAGAAGGCAGCAACUCCUUGUCUUUUCUGAACAUCAAUCACUAGUAAGUUUAAGUUUUUGAGUUUAUAACUGUUUAAUGACCACUUGAUUUUCAAAGGGAAUGCUAAUGUUUAAUUGUAUUUUUUCAGUUUAUGAAUUUUGUUCAGAAUGUUGUUAUUGUUAAAACUAUUCUUUUGUAUGGUGAAGUUGCUUCAUUGAACUUAAUUUUGUAUAGAUUUGGUGAAAAUGUAUGGACUUAUUCUACACACAGGAUUUCCUGGAGAAUUGAAUGUAAUAAUAUUUACAUGAUCAUAAGGUUUCUGACCUUUUUUGUUCUUUCUUGGUCUUCUGCUACUGUUUUAUCUUGGAGAGGUGAAGUAGAGUUGCUUGUGGGAUUCUCUUAGAUAAGCUUGGUGUGACGAUAGAGUUGGAUCCAACAAUUUUCAUGCCAUUUGUGAUGGAUAAUGUGAUUACUGAUAAGUCCCAUUCUUUUUUGCCCAAGCUAGCUUCUUGCCCUUUUGUUCAUUAAUGCUGACAUUUGGAAGAGCUCCUCAAAAGGGGAGUUAGCAUUAUUGCUCAACAUGAGAAACUUGUUUGUGUGCAUUGUCUUUGUGGUCAGUUCAGUAGUCUUGUAACUUUCUACAUUUUUGACAGAAUUGUUUGAAGCUCAUUGUUGAAUAGCUAAACUAUAGUUAGAAAGUUUAUUUGACUUGAAUGUACAAAAUUUGAACUUAAUUCUUGAAACUCUUGUUAUGGAUUAAAGGCAAUACAGAGCUAUACACCCCGAGUGCUGAAAAUCCACAUUUUGAGAAGUUUCGCAUGUUGUGAUUUUCGCUGAAUUUUCCCAUAUAUUUAUUUUAUUUUAUUUUAAGAAUCAAAAUAUUGCCUCAUUCUUCUGCUGGAAAAUUUGUGAAAUAUGUAGAAAGGAUAGACCUUGCGAAUCUUUUGCAAAGAUGAGGUGAUAAUUGUUUUUCCCACCUGAUUGGACUGUUAGGAAGGAAAGGUUUAUUCUAACGUGGUUUAUUGUUGAGUUUGUAACUUUUCGAUCUUUAGCUUUGUCCUGGGCAUGUUUUUUCACGCUCAGUUGUUGGGAACAACUUCAUAUUAAUUCAGAUGCCUAUUCUAAUGCUCUCAUUGUUGCUACUCUUGUUUCACUUACCUUCGUACUAGGUAUCUCCAAUGACUUCAAGUGGGUUCUUGGAGCAGCAUUCUCUCUUUUCUUCUACAAGGUUUUCCUUUGAUGUUCAUACUUGAGUUUGAGUAUGGUCUAAUAUUUUCCAUGUGCUGAUGACUAACUUUUUCAUGAAUUUGUUGCCCUAUAUUCAUCCAUAAAUGAGGAGCAAAGAGCUUGUGAAUCCUUAAAUCUUGGACAAAGAAAUGCCACCUGCUGUUUUUGGGAAGAAUCUUUCAAGUUUUGCUGGCACUGUUCUUGUGAGGUAAAGAUUGUUGGGAGUUUGCUGACAUGUAAAGAAUGUGAGAUAUAUUUGCUUUUGACACCUUAGAUUUUGGCUUCGUCUUGAUGUCUCCAAUAUUUAGAACGAAAACGUUUAACAACAUUUGUGGUAAAUUGGAGACUUUUCGCUGGCUAUA